AUGACAUCCACCAAAACACCAGCACCUGACCUUUUAGAGGUCAAGGAGACUGAGAAUGCGGUCAAGGUCAGGUCUGACGAGCCUCAUUUUGUAAGUUUAGGAAGUGGCCGACUGUCAACUGCUGUCACCAUAUUGCCUAUUCACGAAGGACAAACAAUAAUUGGAUGUAAGAGAGGAAAAGUUAAACCAGACAUUGUAAUCGAAGGAACAGGAGUAGAAUAUAAUCAUUGCUUUAUUGAGAAUAAAAAUGGAGUUAUCACCCUUUAUCCAUCUGCUCCAAUGUGUUCUAUAGAUGGAAUAUUAGUUCAAAAACCCACACGACUUGCACAAGGCUCUGGCGCCAAAUGUUAA